AGUGGUUGCCUGCAGCUCUUAUUGGAUUGUUAUUCUGUGGCUGAGUCGUGAGCUAGAAUCCCACACACCUUCCUCCUCUCUCUGUGCAUGAGGCCGCCCAAAUGUGGGGUCCCUGAUAUUCUCCCGAUUCCUUCCCAAAUCCUUUUCGCGUCUUCGUAUCUUCGACUCUUCAAGCCAUCCUCAGUUCUUUGCUAGUCUCACCAUGUCAUGACAAAAGCACCAUGGACCCAGUAUCGUUAUCCCUGGGUGUUGCAGGCGUCCUGCCGUUAGUGGCCACUGCCAUAAAAUCCGCGCGAAGUUAUAUGACUGCUGUCCGGAACGCUAGGGAGUCAAUCACGACCUUGAUCACCGAGCUCGAGGCGUUGCAAGUCAGCUUGAGGAGCCUCAAUGACCUUCUCGGUAGCGGCACGCUUGAGGCAUUUGAUGUUCGAUUUGACCAGUCCUCGGUGCUCUUGUCUUGCUCGGCCGCGUGCGAAACCAAGUUACGAUCCCUCUGCAAGAAGUUGGGUCAUGAAUCGAACGGGAGGAUGAGUCGUUUCCUGUGGCCACUGAGCGAGAAGGAGCAUCAAACCACCAUUCAAGAGAUACGAAACUUCACGCAGUGGAUGCACUUUGCCUUGUCCAUUGAUGGAUGCCGGCUGCUCGCUCGGACUUCGGAUGACGUCGUCAAGGUGAUGGGCCAGCAGCUUGACCAGUUUAAAUCGAUCCAAGCAAUCCAGUCUAGCACGGCACAGAUGUUCGACGCUGUCCAGGAGCAGACGCAGAUGCUCAAAGAUGGUGCCAACACGGAAACACGAAGCCAGAUUCUGGACUGGAUCUCGACAGCGAGGCAUGACCACAAGCACCAGGCACUCCAAACAUCUCGAGCUCCGAACACUGGCAACUGGAUAUUAGACAAGAUUGAGUACCGCCAGUGGAAGGAUGGCAGCUCGCCGUCGAAUGCUCUUUGGUGCCACGGAAUUCAAGGUUCCGGCAAAACAAACCUAACCUCGAUAAUUGUUGACGACAUACUGGAAUCUGCCAGCGGUCCGAUUUGCCCACUGGCAUUCAUCUACUUCGACUAUCAGGAGCAGGAACUUCAGACGCCGUCCCAAGUGUGGCCUUUGGUCCUCAGGCAACUCGUCGAGAUGAUGCCCGAGAUUCCAAAACCCGUCGGCGAACUUUAUGAGAGGAUUUCUCCCAUUUCCAGCUCUUUACCUCUUCAUGAAUGCGGAAGGCUGAUUUUGGAUGUCGUGCAAAACCUGGAGUGCGCCUAUCUGGUAAUUGACGCCCUCGACGAGUGUGAUGGUUCGAGCUCCCGGAGACCCAUCUUGCAGUUCCUUGAGCAAUUGAUCCAGAGCUCCAAAGUUCGAGUGCUGGUAACGAGCCGCCCUCACAUCCAGGAUGUUCAUUACGCGCUUUGCAACUCCCCUCAGAUCGAAAUCAAAGCCCAGAGAGACGAUCUGAAGACGUAUCUGCGUGAGGAGCUGCUUCACGGUGGUAUAUACGACAUAGCAGAUGAGGAUUUUGCCAAUAAGAUUAUCAACACUCUCGCAGAUAGAGCUGAUGGAAUGUUUCUUCUCCCCGUACUUCAAGUUCGAACCAUACUAAAGGAGCCAACGAUUGGAGACAUGGAAGACCGCCUUGAGGAGCUUUCUCGCGACCUCACACAGGCCUUCGGCGAGACGGUAGCACGCAUACAGCGACAAGCUGGAAACAGGGGUCGCAUCGGGAUGGGCGUACUCAUGUACCUCACACACUGGAAACGGCCCCUGGAUAUCGCAGAACUGAGCGAUGCCUUGGCGAUCCGACCCAACCAAACCAGGGUUAACCCGAAAUAUCGACCGUCCCCCAACGUGGUCGUCGAGUGCUGCCAGGGUCUCGUCGCGAUCGACCCCGAGACAGCAUUUGUGAGACCCGCGCAUCACGCCAUCCAAGAAUACCUGGUGUGCCAUAGUCGACAGUUGUUCCCCCGAGCCGAAGCAGAUAUCGCCUCUAAUUGCCUGCAAUAUCUUCUCUUCGAAGACUUCAAGGACGGCCCUUGGGAGACCCAAGAUGAGAUCUCGUUGCAAAUCCGAUCGUCUCCCUUUCUCUUAUAUGCAACGCAGCAUUAUGGCCGGCACGUGAAGCCUGUUGAGUCCGACCCCGAAGUCUGGACACUUCUUUCCCGGCUCUUCGCUUCCCCUGCAGCGAUUGCGGCCGCCACACAAGUAAACCAUUACGGGAAAGGCUACCGCGAGGAGUACGUGAACCCAGACGAGUGCCGUAGCAGAAAUCCCUUGCACCUCGCCGCCCGAUGCGGCCUGAAUCGCGCCCUUGCAGCAUUGCUCGAAUCGGGACGGUACGGAGUGAACGACGCUACGAAAAUGGGAACAACAGCCAUCAUCCAGGCGGCGGCGAGCGGCCACGUCUCGACUGUCAGAAUCCUACUCCAGCAAGGAGCCGACCCGUACCUGAGCAACUGGUACGGAAAUGCACUGCACUGCGCAGUAGAGGGCGGCUAUGCCAACACCAUCCGCGAGCUGGUCUCCUGGGGCAUGGACCCGAACCCCAGCCAACGUCACUGGCGCGCCCCGAUCCGGUGCGUGAUCGAUCGUGAUUCCGCCGAGGCGUGCGAGGCGCUGGUCGAGCUGGGCGCCACGCUGAACCCGGACGACCAUCUGCACCUCCUCCACCACGCCGCCCUCGAGGGGUGCGAGAGGAUCGUCGGGCUCAUCAUCCGGCGCGGCUGGGCCGAUCCGGAACUCCGGUCCAGCCAGGCCUCCGAGGCAAGCCGGGGACGGACCCCGCUCCACUAUGCCGCCAUGGCGAGCGAUCCGGGGGCCCUGGAAGUGCUGGUCGAGGCUGGGGCGGACGUGAAUGCCCGCGAUGAAAGGGGCAGGACCCCGCUGGACUAUGCCGAGGAGUAUGAGAGGCAGGGUGCAGUCAGGCUGCUCCUGGCUGCCGGCGCGGUGGCUGGCCAGGAACAACCUCCGGCGCCGUGGAAGGAACUACUUGUACAUACAGGUUAUGAGCCUGGUUGGUGAUUGUGUAUAACUGCAGACUGUGUAGUUAUUGCGUCUGGCAGGGCAGGUUGACUGAAGUGAGACCACAGCGCGUGCUGCGGCAGUCGAGACGCACGCUUUCUCCUAGUGUUCGACGAGCUGUCUGGGGAGUGACGUGGACUAGGGGAAUCCGAGCGGUAGGAUAGAUUGGAACCAGAAGAGACAAUUUCAGGAAGCCUUGUGUUUUGAACUAGAGGUAAUUAUAGAGACGGAACUGCUUAAUUAGAAGCUGUGUCAAGUUACUGCCAAUUACUAAUUAGCUCAAACCAAGAAUCCAAUUAGGCAUUAGAUAUUUUUUAC